AAAAAACUAGUAUGGGGUUCAUUUUCACAAAAACAAAAUAAAAAUAAAGAAAUUUAUGACGAAAAAGAUGCAAGUAUGUUAGGCCAUCUUGUUUCAACUCUACUAUAUAAACCCAUUAAUACUUGAUAUAUAGUAACCAAACGACAUUUGCCAAAACAUAGAAAUCUUACCAUAGUCAAAUCAACCAUACCAUUGUUGACAAAUAUGGCACCAGCUCAAAACCCAAUCAUUUCUCAACACGUAGCAGUCAUCGGAGCCGGAGCAGCCGGUCUCGUAACGGCUAGGGAGCUCCGUCGUGAAGGUCACACGGUCGUUGUCUUUGAGCGAGAGAAACAAGUGGGAGGUCUUUGGAUCUAUUCACCCAAACCCGAAUCCGACCCGCUUAGCCUCGACCCGACGCGAUCCGUAGUCCACUCGAGCGUUUACGAGUCUCUCCGAACCAACCUCCCACGAGAAUGUAUGGGUUUCACUGACUUCCCUUUUGUUCCACGUUUAGAAGACGAGUCAAGAGACUCGAGACGGUACCCGAGCCACAUGGAAGUUCUUGCGUACCUUCAAGACUUUGCUAGGGCAUUUAACCUAGAGGAGAUGGUCCGGUUCGAGACAGAAGUGGUUCGGGUUGAACCGGUUAACGAGAAGUGGAAGGUCCGGUCUAAAACCUCCGGUGACUGUUCAAACGAUGAGAUCUUUGACGCAGUUGUGGUUUGCAAUGGACAUUAUACAGAACCAUACAUCGCUCAUAUCCCUGGAAUAAAAUUGUGGCCAGGAAAGCAGAUACAUAGCCACAACUACAGAGUCCCUGAUCCAUUCGAAAACGAGGUGGUCGUAGUGAUCGGAAAUUUUGCGAGCGGUGCGGAUAUUAGUAGGGACAUAGCUAAAGUCGCAAAAGAAGUUCACAUUGCGUCUAGAGCGAGAGAACAUGAUACAUACGAAAAGCCUCCCAUGCCUCACAGUAAUCUAUGGGUUCAUUCAGAGAUAGACACGGCUCAUGAGGAUGGGUCAAUUGUUUUCAAAAACGGGAAGGUGGUAUAUGCUGAUAGCAUUGUCUAUUGCACCGGGUACAAAUAUUACUUUCCAUUUCUUGACACCAACGGCUAUAUGAGCAUUGAUGAAAACCGCAUUGAACAUCUAUACAAGCAUGUCUUUCCACCCGCACUUGCUCCGGGUCUUUCUUUCGUUGGAUUACCAGGGAUGGGCAUACAAUUUGUUAUGUUUGAAAUCCAAAGCAAAUGGGUGGCAUCAGUCUUGUCAGGACGGUUUACACUUCCCUCACAAGAUAAGAUGAUGGAAGAUAUUAUUUCGUCUUAUGAGACGCUUGACGCGUUAAGUCUUCCCAAGAGAUAUACACAUAAAUUGGGUAAAAUUCAGGUUCUAACUCAUUUCGUCUCAAAGUGUGAGUACCUUAAUUGGAUCGCGGAAGAAUGUGGUUGUCCGCACGUUGAACAUUGGAGAAAUCAAGAAGUCGUCCGUGGCUACCAGAGACUUGUCUCACAUCCAGAAACUUAUCGCGAUGAAUGGGACGAUGAUGAUCUUAUGGAAGAAGCCUACAAUGAUUUUGCUAAUAAGAAGUUAAUUAGUUUCAAUCCUUCCUAUUUCCUCGAAUCAAGAACAUGAUUUUUUUGUGUGGGAGGGUUUGAUUUUAAGAAGCAUGGUGACGUAAGGAUGGCUUCUCUUCUUAUUCAUGGGUAAUUGCUUAAUUGUAUUGCAAACUAAGGCAUGAUGGCCUGAAUGCCUGAUUGGUAAUAUUCUUUGCGUUUGUAUUCGAUUUUUUAUUUUGACUUCUUUGGUUCGUUUGUCUUCACAGCUCUUGUGGAUGGAAUGAAUUUCAAGAGUUUUUUCCUUUUGCUUAA